AUGGCGUUCACAAACCCUGCUCUCGCAACCCCAGCGAACUGUAUUGCCGACUUUUCUUUAAUUCCAAUCGGCGCCCAGAAUGUCUCCUUUGCGCAGCAGAUAGCCGAUAUCCAGCGCCUGAUGCAGCAAUCUGGUCUUAAGUACCAGAUGCAUGCAACGGGGACGACAAUUGAAGGACCAUGGGACCAAGUCUCGCAGAUUAUCGGCUUCGCGCAUACCCUCAUCCAUCAACAAGGUAUAGUUCGCAUUCAGACUGAUAUACGGAUUACGACGAGAACGGACAAGGUCCAGCCAAUGGAGAGUAACUAUGCUUCAGUGGAAAGGGCUUUGUCGACAACGGCGGCCGCAGCUACAUAG